AUGGCUAAAAAAUUUGCUAUUGCCAUUUCUAUUGAUCUGAAGAGUGCCGCUAUUAACACUUAUCACAAUGUACGGAAAAUGCUUUGGCAUUUCUCCAAUAUGCGUGAAAAUGGCGUUAUACGUAUCAUACAUUUCAUUGUUGGAUGGUCAGUUUGUUUAUUUUUUAAUGCAUUUGCCAUUAUUCAAAUGGCAAUUAUUUGGUGGAAAAAUAAAAAUGCCUUUGCAAAACCAAAAAUAUUGCCAAAGCCAGACGCACUUGAAAAUUGGAUCCAUGGCAAGGCAAAAUUAUCGUAUAAUUUAAACCAAACAUCUUCCCAGGAAGUCACAAUCCAUUAUGUCGAACAAGGUGAUCUCAUGAGCCCAUUGUUGCUAAUGGUACACGGUUUUCCAGAUUUUUGGUAUUCUUGGCGUUUCCAGAUAAAACACUUUGCAAAAUCUUAUCACGUCGUUGCAGUCGAUAUGCGCGGUUAUAAUGAAUCAGAGGCACCUGUUGGCAUUGAACAUUAUCAAGCACAUUUGGUUGCUAAGGAUAUUGUGGAGCUCAUCCAAUAUUUAGGAUAUAAUGGCGGUGUAUUAGUUGCUCAUGACUGGGGAGGUGCAAUUGCGUGGCAUAUUGCUGCUGCACAUCCGGAAGUUGUGAAAAGACUAAUUAUCUUAAAUGGUCCACAUCCGCUUGCUUUUCAGCAACAUUUACGAACAAGCUUAAGUCAAUUUAUAAAGUACAUAUAUUUUUUUCAAAUGCCUAUUAUUCCCGAAACUUUUAUCUCAUUGGACAACUUCGCACGACUAAUUCAAACAAUUCGUGGUUCGAAGGGACUCAUUAAUAAAGAAAAUUUCACCGAUGAAGACGAAAAAGCUUUGCUCUAUACAUUUUCAUCUAAAGAUAAACUUACUGGCCCAAUCAAUUAUUAUAGAGCUUCAUUCCAAAUGCCUACAAAUUUCAGCAUCUUCAAAAAUUUGAUAAAAGCUAAAACUCUGAUUUUGUGGGGAAUUAAUGAUCAUUUUUUGGAAAAGAAAAUUGCCGAAUAUUCUUCUUCGUAUUGUGAAAUGAGCCAGUUACGAUUUGUCGAAAAUGCUUCACACUGGCCUCAUAUCGACCAACCUGAACAAGUCAAUAUGUUCAUAGAAAACUUUCUACAACAGAUUUGA